AUCACAGAGCGAAAGAGAGAGAAGAAUGGAAGGUCGAGCCGGAAGCCUGUGAGUUGUAAAGACUUAAAUUGGGUGUGUGUUGCAGAGAGAGCAGUGAGCGCAGAGAAACAAAACAAACUAGAGAGAGAGAAGAGAGAGAGAGAGGGAGAGAGUGUCUGCAAGUCUGCUGCUUUUUGGCCAUGGCGGCGUUGCAGUUGCAGAGCUGUAAUUCUAUACUACUACUUCUACUACCUCUUUAAUGCUCUCUCCUCUCUAUUCUGUAGAUCACAAGAAAGAAAGAAAAUAUAGCCAUACCCUCUUCUCUUCUUCUCUCACUUCUGCUUUCCUUUCUGAUUAAUCACUCUUUUCUCUCUCUCCAAAAAGUCUUUCCUGAUCGCUUUGUCUGUCCAAGAAUUUUAUUUCAAUUUUUUUUUUUUUUUUUAAAUAAAAGCUGCAAAUUUCAUCUCUUCCAUAAUUGUGACCAGCCCAUAUAGUACAAACAACAUAAACAGUACUGACUUGGAUUUUUAACAACAAAAAAAAAAAUAUUGGAGGUAGGAUUUUUAUUUGAAAGGAGAGAGAGAGAGAGAGAGUGAGGAUGUUUUGUUUUGUGACGCUUGUUCCAACCCUACAAGAACGAGGAAAUCAAGAUUAUUAGCGGAGGGGUUAUCGGGCUGGCCUGCCUUAUCAUUCUCGGGUCAUAAUCACUGCUAUGGAUUGUCAGUCCCAAUUGGAUUGUGGAAAAGGGUUAAAAGCGGCAACUAAAUGGCUGGCUUCUUUUCACUAGGUGGAGGAGGAGGAAGCGGUGGAAGAGGCGGAGGAGCAGGAGGAGGAGGAGGAAAUUCCCACCCCCACCACCACCAGAAUAGCAGCAGCAGCAACGCCGCCACCGAAAUCAGCCCGGAAACUUGGUUUCUUUACAGAAAUGAUCAGGAAAUACCGGCGGCAUAUAAGGGGUUCGAGCUAUGGCAAGAACACCAGCCUUCAAUACGUCACCACCAGCACCUCAAUUCCCUCCAGGAUCUUUACCCGUCGUCUUCUACCGUCGGUUUAGGCGUGGGUCCCUCCAGAAACCCCCCGGGCGCCAAUAACAACAUGUCCUCCUCCUCCCCCGCCGCCGCGGACGAGCCGUCGAGAUCGGCGGCGUUUGUAAUGAUGCGCAGCGGCGCGGGUAGCGGUGGUGCAGGCGGCGGGAUUAGCAUUAGCUGCCAAGACUGCGGCAACCAAGCCAAGAAAGACUGCUCCCACAUGAGGUGUAGAACUUGCUGUCGAAGCCGGGGGUUUCAGUGCCAAACCCACGUGAAGAGCACCUGGGUUCCGGCGUCUAAACGCCGUGAACGCCUCUCCUCCUUACAAGACGCCCAGCAACAACAACAACAGAUUCACAGCAGAGAAACCCCCAAAAGGCAGAGAGACAACGACGAUAAUAAUCCCCCCACUUCUUCCUCUCUUCUUUGCACCUCUCAUCGUCUCCCUUCCACCAUUUCCGGGUUAGAAAUGGGGAACUUUCCGGCGAAAGUGAGCCUAAAUGCGGCGUUCCAAUGCGUGCGGAUGAGGUCCGUGGACGACUCGGAAGACCAGUACGCGUACCAGACCGCCGUCAACAUCGGGGGCCACGUGUUCAAAGGAAUUCUAUACGACGAAGGGCCGGAGAGCCAGUACAUGACGGCGGGGGAGAGCUCGUCCGGCGGCGGAAGCGGCAGCGCGGGUCUCCACACGCAACACAACCUCCUGUCAUCGGGUGCAGCCGCCACGGCCACGUCCGCCGCCACUACCAGCGCCAGCGGUGGCACCACCGCCGCCGCCGAAGGGGGCGGCCAGGCGGCGUUCUUCGACCCUUCCCUUUACCCCGCCCCGCUCAGCACUUUCAUGGCUGGUACGCAAUUCUUCCCACCCCCAAGAUCUUGAGCUUCUCCACAGACUACAUUUGACUUUGACUCCUUUACAGUUUACACUAUUGUUGUUGUUAUAUUAGCAGUAUUAUUAUUAUUAUUAUUGCUAUUCAGUUUGAGGCAGACAACCUCAGAAAAGCUCUACCCACAAAACAUAUAUAAUUUAGUAUUGUAGGAUCAUCGACAAGCAAAAGAAAUGAGGGCAUGGUGUCUGGUUUUUCUUCACAUUUCUCUGAAAUAUAUAUUAUAAAACAUGUCUUCUUACCCAAAAUUUUGGCCCUCUUUUUUUGCUUGUGCUAUAUGUGUUUCUGACCACCAUUAUCAAUAAAAGCAACAUUUUCUUCCUUCCA